ACCAUCAGCCGCGAUCAGCUUCGCAUCAGCCCUCCAUUCCGUCUGCUAGGUCCGCCUUCAUUAGUCCCAUCACACGCUACGCCCAAGCACUCGCUGUUGCGCGUGUGCGAAGGAUCAGUAUAAUUUCGUUGAGGUUGGGAUAGGGGCAGUCCCUACUCUUUCGAAGGACAGCGAGACAUUCAAGAUGGCCGCCCCUCAGGGCUCCGAUCCGGAGGAGUACUACGUCAAACAAGACAGGAUCGGGAAAGGCUCCUUUGGUGAGGUGUACAAAGGUUUCAGCAAGAUCACCAGGCAGCCCGUAGCGAUCAAGAUCAUUGAUCUGGAAAGUGCCGAGGAUGAGAUCGAUGAUAUCCAGCAAGAGAUCAGCAUAUUGAGCCAGAUGGAGAGCACGCAUGUGACCAAAUAUCACGGGUCAUGGCUCAAGGGCACGAAUCUUUGGAUCGUGAUGGAGUACUGCAGUGGUGGUAGCUGCUCUGAUUUGAUGAAGCCGGGCCGCUUCAGGGAAGAUUACAUCGCCAUCGUGCUACGCGAGCUGCUGAAGGGGCUAGACUAUCUGCAUGGCGAGGGCAAGCUUCACAGAGACAUCAAAGCGGCAAACAUAUUGCUGUCUAGCAGCGGAGAUGUUAAGCUGGCUGACUUUGGUGUUUCUGGGCAAUUGACGGCUACGAUGACGAAGAAAAACACCUUCGUGGGCACUCCUUACUGGAUGAGUCCCGAAGUGAUCAAGCAGAGUGGAUAUGACUUCAAGGCCGACAUUUGGAGUUUAGGCAUCACAGCAAUCGAAUUAGCGAUGGGAGAACCUCCCUACGCUGAUCUGCAUCCCAUGAAAGUUCUGUUUCUCAUUCCAAAGAAUCCUCCACCACAGCUCGACCAGGCUUUCUCCAAACCCUUCCGGGAAUUCGUGAGCUAUUGCUUGCAGAGAGAUCCUGCAAACCGACCCACCGCACGCGAGCUGCUCAAGCAUCGCUUCAUCAGGAACGCCAAGAAGACUUCUUACCUUACCGAGCUCAUAGAGAGGCUCGAGAGAUGGCGUGCAGAGGGCGGAGAUGGUCCCGACGAGGGUGAUGACAAGCGUCGUUCCCAAGAAGAGGUCGGCGAUGCUGGAGAAGAUGAUUGGGACUUUGGCACUGUGAGGAGAGGGACAGUGGGCAGAGCUGGCGGGGCGGACAUUGCGCAUACGGCAGGUCAAGACCUCCAUCCGUACAAUGCGUCCCAAGCGAACGGGCGCCUGGGGCAGAAAGGUCUACCUACGCCUCCACAAACCAAUCACGGCGUGUCCCAAGACCGAUAUGGAUCUCAGAGGUCUUUUGGCUCAGGCGGAUCGGGUUCUGCAGGCGGAACUGUUCGUUUGGGUGCUGGACAGACGCGAGCGGGAAUUUCAGGUCCUAGUCGCACUAGAGACCCCUCGAUUCACAACAUCGGAGGUAGCUCAGGUCCCGUACAGGCGAGAGACUACGGCGCCAAAUUGGAGCCUGUUACCGCCGACACCCCGCCUCGACCUCCCCGUCAUGCUCGUGCAGGUAGCGAAAUUGUAGGAGGUCAAGGGCACAAUGGGCAGCAUGCGCAUGAUGGCGGAAACGGGUACGCGCAAGCGUACGACGCUGCUCAGGCUUAUCAGCGAACGCCAGGAGUGGACGAAGUGGAGGAGGAGACGAGGAGGAUGGACGAACUCAGGUUGCACUCGCACCAGAAAGGCGCGAGCAGCGGUAGCGACGGAAGCAUGGAUCCAGGUGCUGCGGCUGCUCAGCUCUCGCGCACAGGGGGCAGUGGCCCUGAUUAUGGUGCAAGUCAAGCUCAGCCAGGACCCCAGCCAAAUUCGGCUUUGCACGGCGUCUUCCUGCCGGUGCUCGAGCAGCUUUCCCUUGCGGUUUCACACAACGCGGACGCACAAAGAACCAUCAUUGAUGUUCGAAGAGCUCUUGAGGCUGCAGAGCGCGUCACGCCCGGCCUGAUGAAUGCAUUUGCUCUUGAAGUCUUCCAUACUAUGGCAGAGUCUGAGGCGGAGCAACAAGGCGACUACGAGGAUGACGAGGAGGACGGCUGGCAGGCUCAAGCACACCAGCACCCUUGACCACGGUGACCGUUGUCCGGACCAGUGGUGUGCGCCAUGAAACACACGAUUAUGGCAGUAUCGCCGUUCACGGUCGCUCG